AUAAAUUUUCCAUGAUCCCCACAUAAAUUUGAAAAAAGAACAUGAGAUUCUUGGUCAUAGAAACCAAAAUAACUUUUUGGUCAUAGAAACCAAAAUUCGAUAUUUUCCACGUGGCAAGGAAACAAAUAAAAGAGAGAAAUUCUCUUUUCCAUCCAUUCUCCCCCGAUGAGCCUAAUUUUUCUACCAUACGCCGCCCCAACCUGCGCAUUCUAGCAAACCGAGUCACUACUUUUCCGCCAUUUUUCCUGCUUCGCCGCGCCUCUCCGCUCAGAAAAUCCAUUUGUUAUCUCGUCCCCUUAAAUCUAUCCAGCAAGAAUUUACUGCUCUCUGUCUCUAUUCUUGACCUCGAAUCUAUCCAGAAGGAAUCUCUCUCUCUCUCUCUGUUCUGAGCGUGUCCGCAUGUGCAGAUCGAAAAUGGACAUCAAUGCAGCAGAACCAAGCACAACAACGCCACGAACCCCUCGACGACACUCUCGAACUGCGAAAUCUUCAUUCACAAAUUCCUCAAGCACCGAUCCCACGAGCGUCAAUCACACGGCCGGCUCCAGCAACAAAUACACAUCCACCACUUCCGCUUCCAGCAAAACCUCCCUUUCUAGCUUCCGAGAUGCCUUGCCGGAGAACCCUCACUUGUACGAUUUCACCGAAAUUUGCUCCGCCACCAACAACUUCCUAGCCAAGCGCUUCUCCUCCUCCGCCGCCUGGCGAUGCACCAUCCGCGGUAAAGACGUCAUCGUCUUCCAGCAUAAGUUCCGUCGCCCGGUCGAACCAUGGCAGCUCCGCCAGCGGCUCGCCACGAUUUGCAGGGGACACCACGUCAGCAUCAUCAAGCUCCGUGGUGCUUCCAUCUCCGGCGAGCACAUCUACCUCGUCUACGACUUUGUGAAUGGUGCGAACCUCGCCGAGUGCCUCCGAAACCCUAAAACCCCAAAUUAUACCGUCCUAUCGACCUGGCUCUCGCGAAUGCAAAUCGCCACGGAUGUAGCCCAGGGCCUCGACUACAUUCACAAUUAUACCGGACUAAACACGAACUUUGUCCACAAUCACAUCAAGAGCAGCAGCGUCAUCGUCACGGAGCCCUCAUUCCACGCCAAAAUCUGCCAUUUCGGGACCGCUGAGCUCUGCGGGGAAGUCCCCGAUGAGGAAGGCGGGCAAGAAGAGGAAGAAGAGGAGCAGAGCGGGGAGAUUACAGAAGAGAAGCAGAGAUCAUCAAAAAUCAAGAGAACAACAGACAACCGGGUGAUAAAAUUCGAAGGGGCGAGGGGGUACAUGUCGCCGGAGUUCCAAUCGACGGGGAUCCCGACACAAAAAUCGGACGUAUUCGCAUUCGGAGUCUUGCUGCUGGAGCUCCUAUCAGGAGAAGAGCCCUUGAAGUUCAAAUUCGACAAGGAGAAGGGCGACUACAGGAGAAUCUCGGUGAUCGAGACGGCGAGGGAAGCGGUGAAGGUGGAGACGGAAUCUAGAAGCGGAGAUGGAGAUGGAGAUGGAGGAAGAAUACGGAGAUGGAUUGAUAGAAGAUUGAAGGACUCGUACCCGAUGGACGUGGCAGAGAAGAUGACACGUAUGGCGGUGGAAUGCGUACACGUGGAACCCGACAAACGGCCCGAUUUGAGACGGGUGGCGGGCAAGAUUUCGAGGCUAUAUUUGGAAUCCCAGAAGUGGUCAGAAAAGCUGAGAGUUCCGACCGAUUUCAGUGUCUCAUGGGGUCCUCGAUAGAAAUGAGAAAUCUGAAAUCUUCUGCAUUUCUUCUUUCUUUUUUUUUUCAAAUUUUCUUUUUUUUCCGGCACGGUUCGGUGAUCGGAGUGCGGAGGAGGAUUGUCGAAUACUGUAUAUUGAUUCUGAGAUUGAAUUGAAUUACAUAUUUUAAUUUGUUA